ACGGCACCGGGGGAGCUCUUCCGCAACCCGUCCAUGUCACCCGAGCCCAGGGAUCCGCUUACGUGGGCUGGGGGCGGCUGCAGCGCUAUAGUCCUGGAAGGCCUUGGCCUCGCCGGAGUGCUCGCAGGCCUCUCUUCGGUCAGGCGCUGCGCAGUACAGGUCCCAGAAGACGCACCACCAGGAGUGCAGGAACCCGGGGGGCUCCCCCAGCGUGAUGUUCUUCUCCCAUCGGAUCUCAGACAGGAAGGUCUGGGCUGACUUCUGGGCACCGAUGUGCAGCAGUUCAAUACGAUGCUUCCACCUAAGAAACCCGUCAACGCAGUCAACCAUUCUUCCACACGCUGGCAAACAGUUCAACAUACACCUCUGGACACCACGUUGCUCAAGUUGAGAGGCUCAACAUGGGAAAAGACAUUCCGGCAGAUGGGCUUUGAAAGUCAAAGAAGAUGGCCAUGGAGACAGCAGCGUGGUUGAAGUGGUAGGAGGCGGCCGUCAGCAAGAGCUGCUCUGUGCCUGGCAGCUGGAGGCUAGAGCCUGUGGCGCAGCGGCUCGCCUCACUGUGGUUGGUGGUGGCGGCGACAGAGACUGCAGCACUACCAGAGUGGCUCUUCUGGCUUUGUCUGCCCAGCUGCUCCGUGCCAGGAGGAGGAGGAGACACCUGCCAUACACUGAAGGUUGCAACACUGCAGCUCGCCUCACUGAAGCGUGCCAGAGAGAUGGCCUCGUGGGCCGGCUGAGGUGCACAUGCGCGCUGGUGCCUAACGGCUCUGAUGGGCUAGGUGCUCCUCCGAGCAGCUGGAGACUGGAGUGUCCCUGACGGAGGUUGCGGCUGGACCUGGUUACGUGCUGGUGCUGCGCUCCAGAGAGGCAGAAAACGAGUGGGAGCUGAGGUGUCUUAAAGCCAUUCCUCAGCCUGGGAGAAGAUCUUUGGCUUCAGGAUGGAGGUCAGGGGGUCGUUCCUGGCGGCCUGCAGGAGACGCAUGGCUACCUGGAGGAAGAAUCGUGACAAGGAUGGCUUCUCAAAUCCCGGAUACCGAGUCCGGCAGAAGGAUCUGGGCAUGAUCCACAAAGCUGCCAUCGCAGGUGAUGUGAACAAGGUGAUGGAGAGCAUCUUGCUCAGGCUGAAUGACUUGAACGACAGGGACAAGAAGAACAGGACUGCUCUACAUUUGGCGUGUGCCCAUGGCCGUCCGGGAGUGGUAGCUGACUUGGUGGCCAGAAAAUGCCAGCUUAACCUCACUGACAGUGAAAACAGGACAGCUCUGAUCAAGGCUGUACAAUGUCAAGAAGAAGUUUGUGCAUCCAUCCUGCUGGAACAUGGCGCCAACCCAAAUGUUAGAGAUAUGUAUGGCAACACUGCUCUGCACUAUGCCAUUGAUAAUGAGAAUAUAUCAAUGGCAAGAAAACUGCUUGCAUAUGGUGCAGAUAUUGAAGCAAGAAGCCAGGAUGGACAUACAUCACUUUUACUCGCUGUAAAUAGGAAAAAAGAGCAAAUGGUGGCAUUUUUGUUGAAGAAAAAACCAGAUUUAACUGCAAUAGAUAAUUUUGGAAGAACAGCCCUGAUACUUGCUGCUCGUAAUGGAUCAACAAGUGUAGUCUACCAGCUUCUUCAGCACAAUAUUGAUGUCUUUUGCCAAGAUAUAUCUGGAUGGACUGCAGAAGACUACGCUGUUGCUUCUAAGUUUCAAGCCAUUCGUGGAAUAAUUUCUGAAUAUAAAGCAAACAAGAGACGUGAAAGUCUUCAAAAUAGCGAUUCAGAACAAGACUUAGAAAUGACAUCAGAGGGAGAGCAAGAAAGGCUUGAAGGAUGUGAAAGUAGCCAGCCACAGGUUGAAGAAAAAAUGAAGAAAUGCAGAAAUAAGAAAAUGGAAGUGUCAAGAAACGUACAUGCUGAUGACAGUGACAAUUAUAAUGAUGAUGUUGAUGAAUUAAUUCACAAAAUAAAGAACAGAAAACCUGAUAAUCAUCAAUCUCCCGGGAAGGAGAAUGGCGAGUUUGAUAGGCUUGCAAGGAAAACCUCUAAUGAAAAGAGCAAGGUUAAAAGCCAAAUAUAUUUCAGGGAUGACCUUAAUGACAUAACUGGGUCAUCUGAAAAAACCUCAGAGGAUGAUGAGUUGCCUUACUCUGAUGAUGAGAAUUUUAUGUUACUCAUUGAACAAAGUGGAAUGGAGUGUAAAGAUUUUGUUAGCCUAUCGAAAAGCAAGAAUGCAACAGCUGCAUGUGGAAGAUCAAUAGAGGAUCAAAAAUGUUACUGUGAACAACUUAAAGUAAAAUUUCAAAAAAUGAAAAAUAAUAUUAGCGUACUACAAAAGGUACUAUCUGAAACAGACAAAACCAAAUCACAGUCAGAGCAUCAGAAUCUUCAAGGGAAAAAAAAGCUCUGUAAUUUGAGAUUUAUCUUACAACAACAAGAAGAAGAAAGAAUAAAGGCUGAAGAGUUGUAUGAAAAAGAUAUAGAAGAGUUAAAAAUAAUGGAAGAGCAAUAUAGGACACAAACUGAAGUGAAAAAACAAUCUAAACUGACUCUCAAAUCAUUGGAAGUGGAAUUGAAGACUGUAAGAAGUAACUCAAAUCAGAAUUCUCAUACUCAUGAAAGAGAAAGAGACCUGUGGCAGGAAAAUCACUUGAUGCGGGAUGAAAUUGCCAGACUCAGGCUGGAAAUAGACACAAUAAAACAUCAGAACCAGGAAACUGAAAAUAAAUAUUUCAAAGAUAUUGAAAUUAUAAAGGAAAACAAUGAAGACCUUGAAAAGACUCUCAAGCGGAAUGAGGAAACAUUAACAAAAACAAUAACCCGGUAUAGUAAAGAGCUUAAUGUUCUGAUGGAUGAGAAUACAAUGCUCAAUUCUGAGCUACAGAAGGAAAAACAAAGCAUGUCAAGACUGGAAACAGAAAUGGAAUCAUACCAUUGUAGACUGGCUGCUGCCCUAUGUGAUCAUGAUCAACGUCAGUCAUCAAAAAGAGACCUACAGCUUGCUUUCCAGAGCACAGUGAAUGAAUGGUGUCAUUUACAAGAAGACACUAAUUCUCACAUUCAGAUUCUUUCUCAGCAACUUUCUAAAGCUGAGAGUACAUCCAGUGGCCUGGAAACUGAGCUCCAUUAUGAAAGAGAGGCUCUCAAAGAAAAGACGUUGCAUAUAGAACACAUGCAAGGAGUCCUAAGCCGAACACAGCGUCGAUUGGAGGACAUUGAACACAUGUACCAAAAUGACCAACCUAUUUUGGAAAAAUACGUGAGAAAGCAGCAAUCUGUAGAGGAUGGACUAUUUCAACUACAAAGCCAAAAUCUGUUGUAUCAACAGCAAUGUAAUGAUGCUCGCAAGAAAGCUGACAAUCAGGAAAAAACAAUAAUUAAUAUCCAAGUCAAAUGUGAAGAUACUGUAGAAAAACUUCAAGCUGAGUGUAGAAAGCUAGAAGAGAACAAUAAGGGGUUGAUGAAGGAAUGCACUCUUUUAAAAGAAAGACAAUGCCAAUAUGAAAAAGAGAAAGAAGAAAGAGAAGUAGUCAGGAGACAGCUUCAACGAGAAGUGGAUGAUGCCCUGAACAAACAAUUGCUGUUAGAAGCUAUGCUAGAGAUUUCAUCAGAACGUCGCAUUAAUUUAGAAGAUGAGGCACGAAGUUUAAAGAAGAAAUUAGGCCAGAUGAGAAGUCAAUUGCAAGAAAUGCAGAAUCAACGCACAGAGAUUCUAAGACGUGCUGAGGAGUUGCCAGACCACAUGCAAAAGCUUAAAAUAGAAAAUGCCGUGUUAAAAAUUAGAACGAAAAAGCGAGCGGACAAAAUUGAGCAGCUUCAGAAAAUGUUGUUUCAGAUGCAGCAGGUGUACAAGGAAACAUAACUGCAGAAGUAGAUGAAGAGUUACUGCGCAUUUCUGUGUCGUCUACAUGCCAUGAGAGUCUUAAAAUCAAUUGUCAAUUUCUACAAAAUACCUGCUUGGAUUUGGACUGUGAUUGCAUUAUGUCAUGGUAAAGAAUCUUAAUAAUGAUGACUCUCUCAACUCGUGAAUAAGGUAUUUUCUUAGAUCUUCUUUGAUUUUUCUCAACAAUACUUUUUAGUUAUCAUUGUACAGAUAUUUUGCAUAGUGUCAGAUAUAUUCCCAAGAAUUUUAUAUUUUAAUGCUAUUAUAAAUAGUAUUAUUUUUAAAAUUUCAAUUCCUAGCAGUUUAUUUCUAACAUAUAGAAUUACAAUUGAUUUUUAUAUAUUGGUCAUGUAUCCUGCAAUGUGGCAAAACUCAUUGGUGCCAGUAACGUUGUAAUUGGUUUCACUGGGUUUUCCACAUAGAUGAUUAUGUCUGUGAAUAAGGAUAGUUUUACCUAUUUCUUUUCAGUCUAGAUGCCUUUUGUUUUCCUCCAUUUCUUCCUUCCUCCCUUCUUUCUUCCUUUUUUUUCUUCCUUCCUUCCUUUCUUCCUUCUCCCAACUCCCUUUUAAAAAGUGAUUACAGUGGCUCGAAUUUGCAGUACAGUGUUGAAUAGAAGUGGUAAGAGCUGACAAGCCUUCUCGAUCUUCGGGGAAAGCAUUCAGCCUUUCAUCAUUACAUAGAAUGUUAGCAUUAGGUAUUUUAAAGAUGCCCUUUGACAUGUCGAGGAAAUUCUCUUGUAUCUCCAGUUUGCUGAGGUUAUUUUUUUAAUGAAAAAUGUUCAAUUUUCUCAAAUGCUUUUUCUGCAUCUAAUACAUAAUCAUAUGGUUUUUAUGUUGUUAAUAUAAUUAUAAGAUUAAUUGAUUUGGGGGAGAAGGUUAAGUUGAUAUUUAAUUUAAAAUAAUUUUUAAAUGUAGUUUUUUCUUGAAUUUUUUAGUUCAAAUCUUGUAUUCUGUUUAAAAUGCUCUAAACUUUGUCAAUUCUUUUUGAAAGUUCUGGUGAAAUAUACAUAACAUAAAAUUUAGCAUUUUAACAAUUUUUAACUCCAUAGUUCAGUGGCAUUAAGUACAUUCACAAUGUCAUACAACAAUCACUGCUAUCCAUUUCUAGAAUUUUUCAUCAUCCCUAAUAGAAACUCUGUACCCAUUAAAUAUCUUCCCAUAAUCCUUCUCUUCAUCCCUAGUAACCUGUAUUCUACUUUCUGUCUCUAUGAAUUUACCUAUGCUGGGUAUAUUAUGUAAGUGAAAUCAUAAAACAUUGGCUUUUUGUGUCUGGGUUAUUUCACUUAGCAUAAUGUUUUCAAGGCUCAUCUAUAUCAUACAGCAUGUAUCAGUAGUUUAUUUCCUCUUAUUUGCAAUUAAUUUUCUAUUGCAGAGAAAUACCACAUUUUAUUUAACAGUUGAUGGACAUUUCGAUUGUUUCCAGGUUUUAACUAUUAUGAAUAACGUACUGUGGACACAUAUGUGGACUUAUGUUCCUCUUGGGUAAAUACUCAAGUGGGAAUCGAGGUCAAAUAGUAACUGUGUUUAAUCUCAAGGAACUGUCAGGCUGUUAUUCAACACAGCUGUACAAUUUUACAUUUCCACCAGCAGUGUAUGAGGGUUCCAAUUUCUUCACAUCUUUUCCAGUAUUUAUUUUUCAUCUUUUUUAUUAUAGGCAUUCUAGUGGUGUGAAGUGGUACCUCAUUGUGGUUUUGAUUUGCCUUUCCCUUUGAUGUUGACCAUCCUUUCAUGUGGUUACUGGCCAUUGUCUAUGUUCUUAGAUGAAAAACCUGGUCGUUAUCCUUUGACCAUGUUUUAAUUGAUUGCCUUUUUGUUGUUGAUUUGUAAGAGCUCUUUAUAUAUUCUGAACAAGAAUGUAUUUUUUUACACUUUUUUCAUAAACUUUGUUCUAAAUCUUGUAUUCUUUAUUGUUUCUGUUUUAAAAUUUUAUCAGCUUCUUUUCUCAAGAAUUUACUAUAUAUAUUAGUAUCAUAUUUCUGUAUUCCAAUCUUGUUUUCAUGAUUUGCUUCCUUGCCCC